AUGGAGGGUAGCAAUCAUGGGCAUAAGCCGUUGGAGGAAAGUGUAACGCCGGGGACAGAAGAUAAAUCACCACCGGUACGUGGAAUUGGCUUGCGGGUGACGAACAUAGAGGGCAACAAUCUGUUUCCUAGGCGGGGCAUGUAUUCAACUAACAAUAACUCGGUUAUUGAUGGAUUAUUCGAAAUAUCUAAACCUGUGGAAAUUAAGACUGGUGCGGCAUGUGAAGGAAGCUUUAUGGCGGCAACGAAGGUUUCCCAUGCAAACCCUAGUGUGAUGGCUGAUAAGGGUUUGAUGAGUAAUGCAAACCCUAGUGGGACGGCUGAUAAGGGCUCUAUGGAUGCUGGUAUUUCAACAAAACCCUUAUCAUAUGCGGAAUCGGUCGUAGCUGAAAGCUUGAGAAAGGUAAAUUUUCGGAAACUGACCACUAUUGAUAAGCACGAUGGUUGUGAUGUGUUGUUGCCUAGGGAUUCAAUAAGAGUAGCGAAAGACAAAAUGGCAAACACGUUGUAUGGCUAUUUUUUGGGGGAUAUAGUAGCAUACCCAGUUGUGGAAUACUUUGUUCGGAACAAUUGGAAAAGAUUUGGGUUGCAAAAGUCAAUGAUGAACGCAAACGGUUUUUUCUUUUUCAAGUUUGGUGAUCAAACGGGUAUGAUGAAUGCACUUAAUGAGGGUCCAUGGAUUAUUCGGUCACAACUGUUGUUCUUGGAAGUUUGGUCUCCUUCGGUUAAGCUUGAGAAGAAAGAAGUAAAAAAGGUUCAAGUUUGGGUCAAGAUUCAUGAAGUCCCUAUUGUGGCUUACACGGAGGAUGGUCUAAGCUUAAUUGCAUUAGCUAUAGGGGAGCCGAAGGCGUUAGAUUCUUUUACGACAGCUAUGUGUGUUGAUAUGUGGGGACGUAGCAGCUACGCUCGUGCUCUAAUUGAAAUAUCGGCUGAUAAUGAUUUCAAGGAGGAGUUGGUCAUUGCGGUUCCGUGUAUGGAUGGGGAUGGUUUUGCUAAGGAGAAGGUUUAUGUAGAAUAUGAAUGGAUCCCCCAUAGGUGUAGUCGGUGUUGUGCUUUUGGUCAUAAUGAUGAUGCUUGUCCGAGGCAGGUGGCUCGUCUAACUACGGGUGGGAAUAAGGGUUCUAAACAAAAGGAAGCUAAUCAAGGUUUGGGUCCGAAAAAGGCAAGGUUUACUGAUUCGGAUGGUUUUACGGAUGUGGAUUCUAGAAAAGUGGCAAAACGGACCGGCUUUCCAGUGAAUAAACAAAAACAAAAGUUUGAGUAUAGACCAGUGGCGCCUAAACCUGAGUCCACUAAAACGGGAGGUGGUGUGAAGAUUCAACCGAAAUCAGCGAGUAAUGUUGCUUUGCAUAACAAGUUUGAUGCUCUUAUGAAUGAUGAAGGGGAAUCGAGUAAAACAAGGAUGGAAGGUGAUAUGGGUCAAGAGGAGUCGGAUGAUGAGGUAGUGGAAGUGUACAACGAAACAAAUGAAUUUAUUAGAGACGUUAAUCUUGGUACCAAUCUUAAAAAAGGGGCAAGCACUCCUGGUUCAGUGGUUUUAAAUGGGACUCGCAUAAUCCUCGGAUGGGAUCCGGCUGUAGUGGAAGUUAUGGUUCUCUUUCAAGCGACUCAAGUGAUGCAUCUUCAGGUUGUUUUUAAACUCGAUAGGAGAAUGAUUUUUUGUUCGGUUGUAUAUGCAGCAAACUAUUAUAUUUCACGUAGGGAGUUAUGGAACCAACUCAGAAUGCAUAAAGCGCUGGUCAAUAAUGCCCCGUGGGUUAUAAUGGGAGACUUUAACUCGGCUCUUAAUUUAGAAGACAAGUCUUUUGGCAUUUCUAAUGUUUCUCCAGGUAUGCGUGAUUUCAAGGAAUGUGUGGAGGAUAUCGAAAUGUUUGAUGUUAAACGAGUGGGUAUGCAUUUCACGUGGAACCAAAAGCCGAAGAAUGGUGUGGGUUUGUUAAAGAAAAUUGAUCGUGUCUUGGGUAAUACUCCGUUUGUGUCUGCUUAUCCGGAAUCGGUUGCUGUCUUUCAACCCUAUGGAGUCUCGGAUCAUAGUCCUUGCAUUUUGAAAUUUCCUAAAGUGGCCAAACCCAAGCCAAGACCAUUUAAAUUCGCUAAUUUCUUAGUGUUCAAACCGAAUUUUUUGGAUAUUGUCAAAAAGGAAUGGGAAACGACAGUUACUGGUGUGUACCAGUUUCAGGUUAUGAAAAAGCUUCGCUUGCUGAAAUCUCCUCUUAGAUCUCUUUUGUUUGCGCAAGGUAACUUGCAUAAAAAAGUGGUGGACCUUCGUGGAAAGCUUGAAAAUGUGCAAAAGGCGAUUGAUCAGGACCCGAUUAAUGAGGAGCUUACGAUUGAAGAAACAAGAGUGUUGUGUGAUUUCCAAGAAGCUUGUCUUGAUGAAGAAAGAUUUCUGAAGCAAAAGUCUAAAGUGGAAUGGCUUCGAGCGGGUGAUUCCAAUUCAGCUUACUUCCACAUGUCUCUUAAGAGCAAGAAUCAUCGAAGCCGCAUAGAUGUUAUAUCUGAUGCAAAUGGUACAACUUAUGAGGGUGCUGAAGUUCCUGAUGCUCUAGUAAAUCAUUAUGCAAAUUUUUUGGGUUGUCAAGGUCAGACCUCUCUUGAUCCGUCUCCUAAAUUGUUUACUAGGAAGCUAGAUACGGUAGUAGCUAACAAUAUGGUUCGGCGUGUUACUAUUGAUGAAAUAAAGUCGGCUAUGUAUGCUAUUGGAAAUGAUAAAGCUCAAGGACCAGACGGGUUUACGGCUGCUUUCUUUAAGCAUGCUUGGAACAUAGUGGGUAAUGAUAUUUCGAAUGCGGUCCUAGAUUUUUUCAAUACGGGGAAGCUUUUAAAACAACUCAACCACACCCUCCUUGCACUGAUCCCAAAGGUUACGACGCCUACGAGAGUGACUGACUAUCGCCCGAUCUCUUGUUGUAACGUCCUGUAUAAAUGCAUUAGUAAGGUGUUGGUUGAUCGUAUAAAAGAUGCUUUAAGUGGGAUAGUUAGUAUUAAUCAGUCUGCGUUCGUCCCGGGGAGGCGAAUAUCGGAUAACAUUCUGCUAACUCAGGAAUUGAUGCAUAACUACCAUAGGCACUUUGGACCUCCCAGAUGCGCUUUUAAAGUAGAUAUUCAGAAAGCGUAUGAUACGGUUGACUGGGGAUUUCUUAAACAAGUUCUUUUGGGCUUUGGUUUCCAUCGAGUUAUGGUAGACUGGAUUCUGGUUUGUGUGUCUACUACUUCAUACUCGCACAUGGUUAGGAUUGAUUCUUCAUUUAGAUUCCAUAAUAAGUGUGAGAAACAAAAGAUUGUCAAUGGAGAGUUCAGCUUAUUAUUUCGGUUUUGUCAGCUAUGCAUGUCUACUGGUCUUCGGUCUUCGGUCUUCAUCUUACCGGCUCGGAUUAUUCAUGACUUAGAAGCAAAAAUGCGGAAUUUUCUUUGGUCUCAGGGCUCCUUUCAACGAGGAAAGGCUAAGGUUUCUUGGAAAUCUGUUUGUGUUCCUAAAAACGAAGGUGGGCUGGGUAUUAGAAGGAUUGGUGACGUGAACAAGGCUUUGAUGGUUUCUCAUGUUUGGAGUAUUCUUACGAAUCGGGAGUCUCUGUGGGUCGCUUGGAUUCACUCUUACAGGCUAAAGGGUAGAAAUUUUUGGGAAUGUAAGUCAGUUCCGAAUUGCUGCUGGAGUUGGAGAAAAUUAUUACAGUUGCGGCCGUUAAUUAGGAGUUUUUGUUGGUCCAAGCUAGGUAACGGAAGAGAUACAUCAGUUUGGUAUGACAAUUGGAGUGGUAUUAGUCCGUUGAGUUCUUUUCUAUCGUCCAGAACUAUCACAAGGGAGGGAUUCUCGUUACAAGCCACUGUUGCGGAUUUGUCGUCUAAUGGCUCUUGGUUAUGGCCUGCUGCAUGGAGAGACACCUACCCGGUUCUUAUUCAGCUUGAUCAGGUACAAAGAGAUGCUAAUAAUCAAGAUUGUUUGCUCUGGAAAGAUGGGGAUGAGGUUUGGGAGUUCAUUCGUGCAAAAGCUGGUAUGGAUAAUGUGGAAGCUAAAUGGAGUGCUAUUACAGAGUGGCUUCGUCAGCGUGCUAGGUCCAAGUCUGCUGACAACUUAGUAUGUCGAUUGCUUGUUGCUGCGUCGGCCUAUGUUAUUUGGCGAGAAAGAAACACUCGUUUUUUCAAAAACCAUGCUAGGCCACCGGAAAAUUUUUGUGACUCGAUUUGUGAUACCGUUCGAUACAGAUUGAUGGGGUUAAAGUUCAAGAAUACACCAAAAAUGCGGAGACUACUGCAGCGGUGGGAUACUCAUGGUGCUUUGGCUGUUGACGAUGGAGGUUGA